AUGACGAAAUGUUGUCUGAAAGGUGUCUUUCAGAAUAAGGUAGAUGAAAUCGAGAAAGCUGAUAAUUCAAGUACUACUUCAAGCGAAAUACAGCAGGUCCUUGAUCUACAACGCCGAAUAAUUCGCAAUGAGAUGAGCGAUUACCAAUUUCCGAACGGAAGAGAUAAAAGUAGAAAUGCCACCGAGCUGAAAGACUUAUUGAUGAAGGAAAGUGGAAACCCGAUCAGAAGUGUCAUUGUCGCACGCGUUCGUAGUGGAAGUACAUUUCUAGGCGAUAUUGUCGCAGCACAUCCGGCGGUCUUUUAUCACUGUGAACCACUUUUGGACUUUGGCACCAUUCGAAUUACAGAUCCACCACUGACUAGUCAGGCCUUGAAAAAUCUAAAGCGACUACUAAACUGCGAAUAUGUCGAUUUGGAUCACUACAUAGAACACGGGAAGACUGAGUAUUGGAAUUUUAGAUUUAAUUCGCCUCUGUGGACGCAAUGUCAAGCUCACAAGAGCAUCUGCUACGAUUCCAGAUUUCUCAGUGGAAUGUGCGAACUUUUUCCAUUUCAGUCAAUGAAAAUAGCCCGCCUGAGAUUGCACAUUGCAAAAGAACUUCUCGCUGAUAAGAAAUUGGGUGUAAGAUUGGUACUUUUGGUAAGGGAUCCCCGUGGGAUUCUUCAGUCGCGGAAACAUACUUCAUUUUGUUCGAAGAAUCCGGAUUGUAUGGAUCCAGGUUUACUUUGCGCGGACUUGGUAUCGGAUUUUAACUCCGCGGUGGAAUUGCAAGAGAAAUAUCCCACUACAUUCAGGGUGAUACGAUACGAAGAUCUCUCGGUUGAGCCGCAUAAGCAGGUGGAAGAACUUUUCAAGUUUUAUGGACUCCAUUUUCACCCAAACGUCAAAAAGUAUUUGGAUACUCAUACGAAACAUAACGUCGGUGACGUAUACAGUACAUACAGAAAUUCGAAGACGGCUCCCUUUCACUGGAGAACAAAUCUAGAAUUUGAAGAAGUCGAAGAGAUUCAACGUACUUGCUUCAUGGCAAUGAAACACUGGGGUUACGUUCCAGCGUUGAACGCUUCUCAUCAAAGAGAAUUCAAUCCCGUAACAAACUAUGUGCUGCACUUGUAAAACAGUUCCGAAGUCUGUGAGGACAUCAGAAUGAUUUUCAAAGCUGAAUUUGUAAUAUA